CCAGCACCAUGCGAGUGCGAAAUCUGUCAGACUCAGUAUCGGCCAGUGUUCAAACAGAGAUUCUACGAACAUGGCUACGCAAGGACCCUGACUGAUGUGGAAGCAGAGGAGAAGCUCGCAAAUUACGUUACCCAAGCUAAUCUGGAUCGGGAGGCCAUACAUGCUACGCUCCAGCAGCAUGGAAACGCUAUUUCUACAUGGUGGCGGACGCGUCGCCGGUCUGGCCGAGAGGCAAUCCUCAGAAAGGUGGCCCCGAACUCGCAGAUACGAAGGAAGCCAUGCUUGACUACCAAUCUGAAAGGUCAAAACUUCAUGCUCGAGACACAGGCCGACCGACUGCGAAAUCGACAACAUUUUCUGCUACCGUAUCUCAACAUUCCCACACUCGCAUCACACCCUGCCACAAUGAUCGGGCUUGCAGAGGCACGUACAAUAUCUUCCCUGGAAGAGUGGGCACCGUUCGAUAACGAGCAGUUGACGCUCUAUUGGGAAUGCGGCUGGGUCGAUUUGGAGUACAACGCCGGCUGUGUGAUGCUGUAUGGUCAGUCAUACGGAGCUCUGAGGAAGUGGGAGAGAUCUGUAGCGCAUAGAUGUGACGCGAUAGGCUUCCCUCGCGCAAGUCUUUUGAUCGAAGCUCAGGCCACGCUGAUGAGCAUUUUGCGUCGGAUCUUGGAGCAAGUCGUGGAACUUCUUCCUGUGGAUUCUCAGGUGGGCAUGGAAAAGAUGACUCGAUACCUACACGAUGCCUGGACUUCGCCUCAAGCACACCUCUCUUGGUCCAGCUACGUUCAUCAGCCGUUCAUGCCUGCACCGAAACUCGAUCUAGACGCCUCGUUGGUGGAGGUACAAGCUCGACGCGACAACGUUGGAGAUCAACUUUGGCUCCUCCAAACCGAGCCCGCGUAUUUCAGACGAUACAUAGGUCUUGUUCGCCAGCUGCCCGGCUCCGAGAUGCUAUACAGUCAGAAUGCGAUGAAAGAGAUAACACUAGCAGAGAUCAAGGCCAUGGUCGAGAUGUAUUGGUUUUGGCAGGGUAUAUUGGUGGAGCUGGAGCACACAAGACAUAUGUAUCGAGUCUUUCGAGAUCACAUUGCGCCAGGGUCUCCAUUACCACCUAAAGUCAACUUUGCACUGGGAGCUCUUGAGGCCCUCUUGGUGCAAGGUAUCGACAAGCGUGGAAAGCAACUACAAGCACUCUUACGCGCACGCCCAGCGUUUUAUCACAUGUACCACCAUUCCCGUUCUUCCAAGACAGAGAUGAUUUCCUCUCUUAAGGACAGCCCCAACAAGCCCAACCCUGCCGACGCAUACAAAACAGAUCGACUGUGGUGGUGCCUGGGAAAUCUUCUCGGUGAACCUCGCACUCCAACGCGUAUACCGCACACAGUAGUUCUCGGUUUGCUUGACGACCAUCUCCAAAUUGCCGACCAAAAGGAAAUCCGCAAGAUAGACGGUAUCCUCCUCGAGAGACUUUCGGAUUACGCAACGAUGCAUGAGAUUUGGGAAGGCAUCCGCCUACACAGGCCAUCUUACACUGAACGCACUAUGCACGAUUGCAAGAAUUCUGAUGAUAGAUCUGGAUGGAGACGGGUGCGUUUAGCCAUCCCGGAGUUCGGUGCCCUCGGCGAUGUCACUAAAGCUCUCAACAAUUUUGACAAAACCAAAGCGCCGGCUGGAGGAAAGAAUUAUCAAUGGCUCACAGUGUUCGAUGCUAAUCACGAUAUGCUCAAGACCUUUUGGGCUUCCAUGCAUGAGCUCUUCAAAACUUGGCACGCGAGGUGUGGGUUCAGCGAAGAAGACACGGCGAACUCCUUGCAGGUUCUGGGGCUUUGGAAGAGUGAAGACUAUCACGAACGUCUAGCUAGCAAACGCCAAACAGUUCUCUCAGAUAUUUCCAAACGCAAGACUCUAGCUGACAACGACGUGUUCUUGCCUAUGCCUUUCACAGACACGAGCAAUCCCAAUACUCAGAUAGUCGAACGGAAGUCGAAGACCAAAACCCGCGGAGAAACUUCCAAUAGUUCCGAAGCCAAGAAGGAUGAGUCAACCACUAUGCCAGAACCAUCCAUACAAUACAUCGGUGUGCCAAAGAGCGCGAUAAAGGUGUUCCGCCGAAUGUUCCCGGUGGAGCUUCAAGAGCGAUCAGCCGAAGUCGAUUGGAAAGAUUUCGUAGGCGCAAUGUGCAACGCCGGCUUCGCUGCGAGGUCCGGGGGAGGUUCUAUCAUGAUCUUUGAGCAAGAUCAAGGGAAGAUCAUCUUCCAUCGCCCGCACCCCGAUUCUACAAUCGACGCGAUUAUGUUGCAGUCGAUGGGCCGUCGAAUGAACAAAUGGUUCGGCUGGACUCGCGAGAGCUUUGUUCUUGCCGAC